GGAGAAGAGAGAAAUGUGAGCUUUCUAACACGGGGGAAGAGAGGAUGGAGGAGGUAGGGAGGCAGGGAAGGAGCGAGUGAGGGAGAGGGAAGGAGGGAUUGAUGGAGGAAGCGGGAGAGUUAGAAAGAGGUGGACGAACACACGAUACGCAGAGAAGACAAGAGUAGGAAGGCAAGAAGGGAGGAAACAAGAAGAAAGUAGUGAGACAGCUAGAUAGAUACUUCACUACACACACUUCCUUUAACGAGUAGGGAACGAGGGAUGCGCCAUGAAGUCUCAGCAGAAGUGCAUCAUGGUCUUUGCCCUGGUGUGCUGCUUCGCCGUGCUGGUGGCUUUGAUCUUCUCGGCCGUGGACAUUUGGGGCGAGGACGAGGAUGGAAUCACGGAGGACAACUGCAGCAGGGACUGCAGAGUUGUUCUAGUGGAGAACAUCCCAGAGGACGUCUCCUUCCCAAACAACACCGCGUCCCACCUCCCGCUCUCGGCAGGGUUCUUCAACUUACUGGAUCAAGCCAUCCGCGUUGUGGAGAUCGUGUCGCCGCUGUGGCUCCUCAACUCCUCCGAAUACGAGUCCAGCUUCCAGCCAGCUGCCAGACAGGGUAGACUUCUACUGUCCAAGCUGCUGGCACUAAAGACCAAGAAAGUCCAGCUGAAGAUCUCCAGCGAAAUCGCAGACUCGACGGAACUGAAGCUCCUCACCAAAUCAGGCGCAGAGGUUCACUUUGUGAACACCACAGUGCUGACCAAGGGUCACCUCCACUCAUCCUUCUGGGUGGUCGACAGGAGACACUUCUACAUCGGCAGUGGCAGCAUGGAUUGGAGAUCCCUGGCCAUUAGGAAGGAGCUGGGCGUGCUGGUGUACAAUUGCAGCUGUCUGGCGUUAGACCUCCACAGGGUGUUCAACAUCUACUGGGGGCUGCAGUCCAAAGAAUUCAUUCCCUCCUUCUGGUCCAAGCGCCUCUUUGCCCUCUUCAACAAGGACUCACCUCUGGAGCUCAACUUCAACAACACCAAGGCUCAGGCUUACGUCUCUACCUCCCCAGAUGCCUUCAUCCCCAAAGAUCGGAGCAGUGACCUGGAAGCCAUUUCCCGGGUCAUUAAAGACGCCCGUCACUUCAUAUACAUCUCCAUCACAGAUUACCUGCCUCUCCUCAACACCAGCGCUUACAGGUACUGGUCUCGCAUUGACAGCUUUAUUCGGGAGGCUCUGAUCCUGAGAAGAGUCAGAGUUCGUCUGCUGAUAAGUUGCUGGGAAAACACUCAUCCACUGACGUUCAGCUUUGUGUGGUCUCUGAAGAGUCUGUGCAUGGAGCAGACCAACUGCUCCCUGGAAGCUAAGUUCUUCAACCCCAGGGUACAGAGAGAUGGAAGUCUCCAAGGGAUAAACCACAACAGGUUCAUGGUGACGGAUAGAGCAGUUUAUUUGGGUAAUUUGGACUGGGUGGGGAAUGAGUUCACCUACAACGCAGGAGCAGGCCUUGUCAUCAGUCAACCCGAGGGCGUGGAAGAAAAGAACUCUACAUUGGUAGACCAUCUCCGGGCUGCCUUUGAGAGGGACUGGUUUUCCAGUUACACCCGCUCCCUUCAGGCCAACAAGAUCCCAGUGUGUAACAAUAACCAGAUGAACAUUAUGUUGCCGGUCAAAGCCAGCCAGCUGGAUAGCGAACCAGCACCAAUGAGGAGCAAUCCCAAUGACGAUGGACAGCAUGGCAAAGCAAAGCACCAGAGUGACACUAACAGACUGGAGCCAGGUGGAGACACUUUCCAGCAGAAAAUCCAUCUUCUUGAACAGAAACAGGCACAAAUCAAAAGGACUGUGUGGGAGGACACAAUAGAAACAAACAGUCCGUCGUCUGAGAGCAGCGGCAGCAGAGAGAUCCUCCACGGUCCCCUGUGACUGAACGUCCAAGUACCCUGUUGGGAAAACCAGCUUCCCGGAUCUUUGUAGCAUUUUACGAUUGGCCUUUUGUAGUUAACUAGAGUAGCUCUUAGUUUCUAGAACAGAGAAACUCAGGAAGAAACCUCAAUGCUUCUUUCUGAUGCUACUCAUGCUGUUCGGGACAGACUUAGCGGUUCUGAACAGGGAUGCUCCGAUCAGGGUUUUAUUUGUGUCCAGGUUGCACGGGUCUCCCAACUUUCAUCAUUAUUCGAGCUGUCAACUAUUUGUGUUUUAUUUAUGACUGGCAACAUUUAAAUUGUACACUACUUUAUUUACCAAGGAGAUCUCCACUCAAAGAGUGUGGCCAUCGUCUUUAUGCUAUUUUGUGUUCAUUUGUCAUUAUAUAAAAAGCAUUAAGUCUGAAUUCAGCAGUUAUGAUAAAAAACUAUUAAUAGUCAAAGCAAAUAUUCUUUGAGCCUUCGUGAGCUACUCAAAAUCAGCUGGCGAGAUAGGAGACCCCUGUGAUAGUAUCAACAUCAUAAGGCUGGACACACCAUGUGUUUAUGGCUAUUAAACAACCACACACAAAUAGUGUUUUGAGGACAAGAACUAAUUAGUAUAAUGACUAUAAUGAAGUUAGUGCGUACCCCAUGAAUGUGAUAUCCACUUGUGGCUUCCCUGUGGGAUCAAACCGAGCUCCGAACUAACUGCUUUGCUUGCUUGUUUUGAAAACAAAAUAUCACUGUGGUAAAAAGUCACACUCGAACUACGAAGACCAGAAACUAGGCGGAUAACUCUAGCAAGCUGCUAGCUAGCCAACUAGCUGCCACCGAUGCAAAGUACAUCCAGUGACAGCUAGGCAAAGCGUGUAACAAAGAUGCAAGAAUAGUCGAACUGAGAUAGAUUUGGUAAGGGAGUGAUCAAACAAGCUGGCAUCGAUUGGCGUAGCCUGUGUCAAGCACAAGACGAGAUGCGUCAUUUUGCUGGCAACCUUACGUGACACAGCAGGCAUGUAGGAUUUGCCGACUCGCGCCAAUCGUUUUUCGUGAUCGCCUUUGAAAGGCCUUUAUUGGUGUAUGUCGAUCAUGUGAGUUUUUUUAUGGAAAUCGUCCGAUUAUUGGUUAUUGGUUAUUAUUGGAUUGAUUAUUGGCUGAUCGAUCGGAGCAUCCCUAGUUCUGUAGGAUUGGACUUCGAGGCUAAACGUGAGAUCAUGGAGAGACACAAAAUGAUAUGAAAUGUCAUGGAAUCGCCUCGUAGCACUUACGAAGAAUCCAAUAAGAUUGCUCUGAUGUCAUCAGCCACUCGGGCUCAUAUUUGCAUGGUAUUCUGGGAUUGCUAUGAUAUUCCUUGAUUCUAGUCCUGAAUUCCUUUUUUGGUGUUUUUCUCAGCAUUUGUACACAGUUUCUAAGGGAAGUGCUGUUGCUAGUUGAUGGUAAUAUUAUAUGGCUUUGCACGCACAAGCAGGAAGACAUUUGCAUGCUUAUGCAAAGAAAGGAACCAUUGCAACAUCUUUAUGUAGCCAUGAAGUGUACUCUCAAAUAACUUAACAGUAGUUCAAGUUAUCAAUGCUACUAAAUAUUUACUGACAUUUAAGACAGUACACGUAAUUUACUCAUCUAACUGCAUCGCCGCUAAACGUACCCUUUAAAAUUCGAAGUAUCAGGGCCUACACAAGUUGUUUUUUUUAUAAUGAACAUAAUCAAACCAGUGCAUAAUGGAGCUCUAAAAUGUCAAAUCAUCACUUUAGUACAUUUUAAGCAGCCUAAAGCAUUCAUUAUCAACUAAGCUGCUACAUUAUUUUCUGGCAUAAAAGGGUCUGUUUCUAAGAGUUCUCUCAGACAAACAUUGCUGUCCCUGAAACAAUAAGAUGAAUUGAUUGGAUAGAAUAUGGAAUUUUCCAAACCAAUUUUGCAACUCACUGAAUGAAUGCUAAAGUGUCAAUUAGGGGAGGCUUAGGGGUGUGUCCACUGUUGGCCAAAUCAGCAUAAUUAAUUUUUGACAGAAAUUGACUCUUGUCACUGUGGUUCAAUCUCUGGGACGUGACAGUGCGUGAAUGCCUGUCCCCUCAUGUGUUUGACAUGCGGGCAUGGAGCGACAAGCAGACAAUUCAUUUCGCCUGGCCUAAAAGCUUGUAGUCAUUUCGAACGACUACUAUUACAUCAUUUGUGUAAUGUAGAUGCCUUUAUGAAACCUCCAAAGCUAUUCAUCUGGGAUCAUUUGCAGACAAAAUACAUUGUGAUGCCUUUCUCACUAAUAUGGCGGUGGAACCAUAACGUAAAUAGUAUUUGUGCCUGUUCUCUCAAAAACAGACGUAUAAUAGGGUCAGUAUCAACAUUUUUACAGCCAUCUUCAGGAAAUAGGCGUUAGUCAACGAUGGGACUGAACCACAGCGGAUAUCCAGCACUAUCUAGUGGUCACAUUGCAAACUGCAGAUGGCAAUCUCUUCACAACAGCAUCACGAUGUUCAUAUCAACUCGUAAAUAUCACAAUAUAUUCCCUUGUGAAGCCCUGAGGCAGUAUACUGGUAAACACGGCUGGUCUGUUUUCAAGUAAAAUAGUCAGUAGUAUUGUGUCAGGGGUACCCUUAUGGAAUUAGCUACAAUCUAUAAACUGCCUAAACCUAAUAAACAAAAUCCCUGCUGAAAAUGUACACUCUUUUUCCAGUGUUGAAUCAGAAGGAAACCUUUUAACAGUUUUUAACCUCCACGUACUGUCAAUGUUUUUCAAUUAAACGUCGCCUACCUUUAUGCUGUUUCUAGCAUGACCGCUGCCUUGCAUGCCCUGCUCACUUGUGCAAUGUAGAUAUGCGCCUUUCUACUCUUAACACUGAACAAUAUUAUACCUUUAAAACACAGGAGGAGGAAUGCCAGGUGGAAUUUAUUUUAAUAAUAAUACCUUUGUUAACGCACACUGCUGCAUUAUCUGACUGCUGCAUUUUUACUGUUAAUAAAAAAAUGUGUACUCUUAUGUUUGCAUAUUUGUUAUGUAUUAUGUGCUGUGUUGCAAAGAAUUAUGGUAAUUUGCAUGGAAAUUAACAAAAUAUGGCAUUUCAUGGCAGUAUGGUAGCCUCUAAAGCAGGGGUGGGCAAACUUUUUGACUCACGCGCCACAUUGGGUUAGAAAAUGUGGCCGAGGGGCCGUCCAUCAAAGAGAACUUACUUACUCACGCUGCAACGGAACAAAAACACAUCCACAGCAAGUCAACGCAUCACAUAAAUCAACUGCUACCACUACGUGGGUGAUAAACAACAGCUACGCCGUAAACAUAACACGUAACUUCAACUGUUAUUGACAAGUGCUGCAGGGCAUGCUGGGUAAUCCAGUAUCUGACUAUU